GUGAAAGCAGCCACGCAGAGCCAGUGCGGUAGCGAAGCGGGCUGGGCGCUCUACGAACUGGUCUGCCGGCACUUUCUGGCUUCCGUCUCGCCGGAUGCCGCGCUGCAGGAGGCAGAGGUGGCCUUCGUGUUGGGCCCUGCGCGGUUCGUCGCGGCCAGUCGCCGAGUCCGAGAUCCCGGCUGGACGAGGGUGGCCCAAGUUCGACUGCAGGAGAUCGGCGAGAUCGACCUCAGCACGGGAUUCCGGGAAGGAGACGCUGUCACCGUCCAGCGGACUGUGCUUAGUCGGCAUCUGACUGCGCCUCCGAAGCACUUGACAGAGAGCGAGCUUCUGGCCCUGAUGGACCAGCAUGGUAUCG